CACACCAGUUGUCACCAAGCUUAGAACCCGUCGUCAAGUACCGUAUCAGCAAGUGCAAGUGCAACAAAUAUGCAGCUAGCGAACCUUAACGCGAACGCCUCUCGCUGCCAGCGGGAUGGAUCAUCGAAGCCUUCUCAUCGCCAUGUAGUGGUUUCCGCACAACGGUUGGCUCAGCGCACAGGCGCGGAAGGUUCUGUCGCGCAACAUGCCAGUCGUCGCGUUUUCGGCGCCUCGCUGCUUGGGGCCAUUGCGGCGGUGUCGAUGAUUCCCGCUGGAGAAGCGCAAGCAGGGUUCAAGAAGGAACUGAAGAAACGCAAGAUCCCCGAGGAGGACUACGUGCAGCUGCCUGCAAACGGGCUACGUGUGUACGACCUGGAGGAGGGCAGUGGGGCGGAGAUUAAGGCAGGCGACAAAAUUGUGGUGCACUACGACUGCCUCUACCGCGGUCUGGAUGUCGUGUCAAGCCGCUCAGCUCGCCUUCUGGGAGGCAACCGCACCAUUGCGGAGCCGUACGAGUACGUGGUGGGCCAGCCCGUGUUCGCCGCCAGCCUGGCCAACUAUGACGCCGAGUCCGCUAACCCGCUGUUCACCGGCAGCAGCGGGCCCAAGCCGCCCCAGGCGCUGUCGCUAUCGGUGCUGGGCAUGAAGAAGGGGGGCAAGCGCUCCAUUCUGGUGGACAAGUCGGAGCUGGGCUAUCCGCAGGGCGUGAACGAGCUGCCCGCGGACACCCCCUUCGAGCUGCGUGUGGAGGUGCUCAGCGUCAUCUCCAAGUAAACGAAGUUGUGGUGACAAACCCGGGGACGGCUGGCAGCUAUCUGCAGAUGAUGGGGCGUGAUGUGUGGUGCCGCGCUCGUCGGUAGUCUGUCUGUGAACAGACAUUGUGUAACCUUCAGAACGAAUGAGGCUUAUCGGGAUUGUUGAUAGACACGUUUUGGUGGUCAACUGAUGCUUGUUGUCGUAGUGAUUGCUGGCUUUGGCUUUGGGCUUGGGCGGUUGUGGUGGCGCAGGAUGUGUUGGUGUUUCGGAACGGGCGUUCUACAUCCGCAACAGACGGUGCGCCGUAAUUUUGAUAGCUUUUGGAUUGGAGGGUACUGUGGUACGUGGUGUGCGCCUGUAACCACGUCAAGUC